CUUCAUCUCCAAGAAAGAAAAAAAGUAGCAAUAAUUCUAAUAAUGAGGCAACAAAGAUAUUUACCUGUUUUAUUCAUCAUCAUCUUCUUCUCCGCUACAUUUAUUAAAGCUCAAGAAGUUGAGGAUGAGAGGGAGUUUGAUUAUGGUGAAAAAAGUGAAAAAGGUCCAAAAAUGUGGGGGAAAUUGAAGAAAGAAUGGGAAGCUUGUAAUAAUGGAGAAAUGCAAUCCCCUAUUGAUAUGUCACAUGAAAGAGUUAGAAUUAUUCAAAAGCCAGAUAAAAGACAUUACAAGCUAUGCAAUGCUACUGUUAAGAAUAGAGGACAUGACAUUUCGUUACAAUGGCAUGGUGAUGCUGGAUCUGUUUCAAUAAAUGGCACAAAUUAUCCACUACAACAAGCUCAUUGGCACUCUCCUUCCGAACACACCGUCAACGGAAGAAGGUAUGACAUGGAAAUGCACAUGGUACACUUAAAUGAAAAUGCAACAAAUAAAAUUGUUGUGAUUGGAGUUCUCUACAAAAUUGGUAAACCUGAUCGAUUUCUCUCCAAGUUGAUAAGAAAUAUAUCAUCUAUGAUUGACAAAAAAGAUGAAGUGAAAAAUGCUGGUAUGAUUGAUCCAAGAGAAAUCAAGAUUGGUAGUAGAAAAUAUUAUAGAUAUAUGGGUUCACUUACUGUUCCUCCUUGCACUGAAGGAGUCAUUUGGACAAUUAAAAAAAAGGUGAGGACUGUUUCAAGAGCUCAAGUCAAAAUGCUUAGAGAAGCUGUUCAUGAUUAUGCUGAAAGGAAUGGAAGGCCAUUGCAAUCAAAAAACAAGAGACCAAUUUAUCUUAUGGCACCAGAUGAUACUGCUUGAGAUUAUUCUAUUCAUAAUAUUUGUAACAAAGAUUAGGAUACUGCUUGAGACCAUUAUUCUAUUCAUAAUAUAUUUGUAACAGAAAAUUUUUGUUUUCUUGAUUGUUGUUAUUCUUUUAGUCAGCAAAGUGCUUGUUGUGUAAAAAAAAAAAAGGCCAGAAAAAUGCAUAAUAUAUAGA